CACCCAACACCCACCCCACCGGCUCGAACUGUGCUUCAUUAUUGUUCACUAAUACCUUGCGUGCACUCCUCACGCACGCACGCACGCACGCACGUAUCAAACCUUUAAUCACUCUCUCUCUUUUUUCUUGCUUUUGUUUUUUAAUCUUUAAUUUUCUUUAAUAUAAUUUUUAUUAUUUUUGGUGUGACAAUCUAAUUUUCUUUAUAAAUAAUCUUAAUCGUAGCUUCCUUGCUUUACAUAAAUUUCCAUCGUUUGACUCUAAAACUCCAUUUUCCCAGUGUUUCUCAUUCUCAAGCUGCUUAAGGAUUGAAGCAAUUUGAAUUUGGUUCUUUUGUUUUAUCGAUUUGGGAUUUUGGGUUUUUUUCUUUGUUCAUCCUUUUCCCCGCUUUGUUCAUGGCUGGUUCUUGAAUAGGUUGUUUUAGAAGAAAAAGGGAAGUGUGGCGAUUUUCAUUGAAGAAAGAACAGUAUGCGGUGGUGGUUGAGUCUUUCUGUAGAUGUGUUUCGAAAAGUUGUCUCUUUGAACUUAUAUUGUAGAGUGAUUCUGUAAUUGCAUAAUCUAGAUUAGCAAGAACCCUAUUUUUGUACUCCGUUUCUUUUUAUUAUUCUUCCAUGGGAUCCACCUUUUUCGUUGUUGUUCCGUGUUAUGUUCGACAGAUUAGUUGAAAACCUUCAAACCCUUUCUCAAAUUCCUAAAUCUAGAGUUAGUCUUUUGAUUUUGGUAGGGAUAGUUUUUGUAGUGACAUUUGAGUUUUUGAUUGCCCUGGAUUGUGGAUUUUUGCCUAUUUUAAACACGUUGUCAUCCGGAAGAUAUCUAGUUUUCUGUCAUAUUGAAGGGUUGGAACGUAGUUAUGGUGUGCCAAGCAGCUGGCCAAACAAGAUUCCGGGCAUUGAAGUACGAAAAUGGUAUUGCAGGGAGUGCCACCAUUGUAGUUAGAGUCAUUGCAUGCUUUCAACCUCUUCAGGAUUGCCAGGUUCGAUUUUUGUUCGUUACUUGUCCUUGUAUUCAUGAAAGAACUAUAUACACUAACGUAGUUAAGUUAUUUUACAGUUAUUUUCUUAAUGCAUGAGAUCUCUUGUCCUUUAUGUUAUUGGUGAUUGGAAAGAAUGUUUGUGCAAAGCUUUUACUGAAUUCCCUUUAUUGGGUUUUUGCCAGGCUGAAUAUUUCCGUCAUUUGCUUAAGCCCGUUACGUAGAUUAGUUUUACGUUCCUGCAUUCAAGUUAAGCUGGAGUUUUUAGUUUUUUCGCUUGUUUUUGAGAGAAACUUCAAGUAAACAGCUAUUUCUACUGCUACAGCAUUUGAAUUCUGGCAAUUGUUCUGGUUAGAUGGGAGAAGGCCGUGGAUCCUGGUUUCCUUUGGCUUGGCAAUCACACAACAUGAAUCCUUUGGCCGCUCCACCUCCUUUGGGGCAGCAAAAUGCUAAUCCUCUAUUCAUAAACUCUGGCACUAAGAUGGUCUCCACCAGGGGGACUUUGCCGGUUUAUGGAUAUCAUGAUUUACCUCACUUGCGGAUUGGCCAAGUUAAUGAACCCCAGGGCUGGUUUCACUGUUCACCACGCUUUCAACAGGUCUUUGCACCUUCUUCAAACACUUUUUUGAAAGAGCAACUCCCAGCUAACCCUUAUGAGAAUCUUACGGAAAACAUUGUCCCAAAGGCAGGAUCUGGGUGUCCUCAGAAGAGAUUCCUUGUUUUUGACAAAUCUGGUGGUCAAACUACCCUGAUCUUUAGUUCUGCUUUUGGGACUCCUAUCAAGUGCAGUUCUUUGGGUCCCAAUUUGCCUUUUGGUUGUAACUUGAAUAAGGAGGAUCCCAUGGCUACAGUGAACCCGAAUCUUCACCCUGGACCAAUAUCUAAAGAUGUAUUUGAUGACAAUGAGACUAAUGUGCAAAGUGAAAUGCAUGAGGACACUGAAGAACUCAAUGCUCUGCUUUAUUCCGAUGAUGAUAGUGAUUAUACCGAGGAUGAAGAAGUGACAAGCACGGGUCACUCUCCUAGCACAAUGACAGCUCACUGUGAGCAAUUUGAGGGAGGUGCUGAAGGGGUUGCUAGCUCGAGUGGUCUAACCAAAAAGCGAAAACUGCUCGAUGGCAGUAAUGAUUAUACGCCAUUGCUUAUGGACAAUACUAGUUCGUUGAAUCAUUGCAGAUGUUCCGAGCAGGAGGAUGAUGCAGAUUCCUGUUUUGCCAAUGGCCAAAAUCUAAGAUCCGAUGGUAUGCAUUUAUCUUCAGGCAACAAGAGAAUGAGAAUUGAUAAAAUUCGUGAGACUGUGAGUGUAUUACAAAGCUUAAUUCCUGGUGUAGCGGGCAAGGAUGCAAUCGUGGUUCUUGACGAAGCCAUUGAUUACUUAAAAUCCCUGAAACGCAAAGCAGAAACCUUGGGACUUAGUACUCCAUGAGUUGCCACUAUUCAUAUUAGUAGUGUUAGUUAUAACAUCUGUCAUUAUUAGUCAUUGUUAACGGAGGGAACUAAAUAAAUGAAGUUUACGCAGUCGUGGUUGGAGUUGCAUGCAUUACACAUAAUCCAGAGAUGAAUAUGAAGAUAGUGGAGAGGGAACUCAAACCCCAUUGUGUAUUUCAUGAAUGAUUUGAGCUGGAAACCAUUACUUUUGGUUUGAAAUCUCUCAAAAUCUGUAGAAAGCAGGAUAGUGAAGGAUUGUGAAUGAUUAGUCUUGGGGUUUAGAGAAAGCAGCAGCACUCACCUGGGUGAGAAGAUUGGGUUGUUGAAGAGGGGACCCUCAUAAAGGGUGGGCUAAAUGCACGCUUCUUAGAUGGUUUGGGUCCCAAUAAUCACUUUGUUCACCCUUUAUUGUAGUGAUUGUCAAGUUUUAAUCCUUGUGGCUUUCCCUUUUUCUUUGAUGUAGAAAACUGCACGAGCCAAUCUCCCAUUUCAUCAUCCAACUUGUUGUCUGAUGGGGCCCCUAGAUAUUGUGAGUUGUGUUGCUUCGGCUUUUGAACAUGGGUAUGAAAAUAUGAUCUUGAAAGCCCUUUGAUAAAUCUAAACAUGCUCAUGUUCAACAUAUACGGAUGCAGCUGAGUACGGAGUAACUUUCAUGGAUUACGUGUAUUUGUUGUUGUGGUAUGCUGCGCGUAUCAUAUGGGUGCUGUUCAACUUUGAGAUCGUAAAUUGUAAUGCUUGGAUGGGUUAAGCAAUGGUUGGAUGUAAUAUAAAUUUAUAAAAAGGUGUGGUGUGAUGUUAUCAAUUUAUUUUGUCUUUAAACCUAUGUAAUUGCGUUGCAUGCCCGCAUCUAUGCAUGGGACAAGGAUUGUGUUAAGGCCGAGACUCUUGGCUUAGGUCCUUGCAACGCCCCUCCCCUCUGAAAUAGUGCGAACAUUUCCCGUUUGAUUCCAGUUUAAUCUACGCAUUUUUAUUACAAUGAUAAUUUAAAA